GCUAAAUUGUAUCGAUACUCCCUGUACUAUUCCAAUAUUACAACUUCGGUCUUGAACUUUCAAUGAACCAAAUUAGUCCCUAGAGUUUCUGAUAUAUUGCAACUACAUCUCUGACAAAACACGACAUUCCCUAUAAAACGACAUUCGUGCUCAUAUUUUAAGUCCAUAACAACACUCAAAAUCGUAGACUCUUUGAGGGUCACGGAUGGAAGUGCAACUAUGUGCGAAAGUUCAGUAACUAGGCUGUUUUCAUGAGAAGUUCAGGGGCUAAGACGCAAUAUCUCGACGCUGCAGCAUUAUGUAUACCUCUCCAGAUGGCUAUGGAAAGCACUGCAGCAUUGAAGAAUGAAGACUAAUAACAGUAUGAAGUUCCUCUGCCUUCUUGUUCUCUUUGCUGCCAUUACGGCUGUAACAGAAAUUACGAAGGCCGACGCGGCUGGGGAGUGUGGUAAGGUCCCGCCAGACCGAAUGGCCCUACGCUUGGCCCCGUGCAUCGCCGCAACACAGGAUCCGCAGGCCCAGGUCUCAGAUAGCUGCUGCUCUCAGAUUCAGAAGUUGGGCCAAAAUCCUAGUUGCCUAUGUGCUGUUAUGCUGUCGAAUACCGCGAAAAUCGUAGGGGUUAAGCCGGACGUCGCGAUAACUAUUCCUAAGCGCUGCAACCUUGUAGACCGUCCCAUCGGUUACAAAUGCGGAGCAUAUACUGUACCUUGAAGGAGAGGAGGUGUAACUGUGUAAGAGUUGCUUCUAAUGUUGUGAGGUGAAAAUGUUGGUAAAAGGCUUUAUGAAUGCCUGCUUAAAUAAAUUACUUCUAAUUUGUAACAGAAGAGUGUGCAAUAAAACUAAAAAGACUGUUGUGUUUCAGCA